AUGGAAUCAAAGAACACCACCACCACUGUGACAGAAUUUGUCCUGUUGGGCCUGACACAGAGCCACAAGGUGCAGUAUUUUCUCUAUGUGAUCUUCUUUCUCAUCUAUGUGAUGACCUGGCUGCUGAACUUCACCAUCAUGGCCACCGUGGCUGUGGACCACCACCUCCACACCCCCAUGUACUUUCUCCUGGCCAACCUCGCCUUCCUUGACAUCAGUGACUCCUCAGUCAACACUCCCAAGCUGCUGUCAGGCCUCCUCACCCAGCACAAAGUCAUCUCCUUCCACCAGUGUUUCCUCCAGAUGUUCUUCUUCCAUUUCAUUGCAGGUGCAAUGGCAUUUCUGCUCCUGGGGAUGAUGGUGGAUCGCUACGUGGCCAUCUGUGAGCCCCUGCGCUACCUGUCCAUCAUGAGCUGGAGCACCUGCACAGGCCUGGUGGCAGCUGCAUGGCUGGGUGGAUUUCUUCAUUCCAUUACACAAACUGGCCUUCUCCUGCAGCUGCCAUUCUGUGGCCCAAAUGUACUGGACAAUUUCUACUGUGACAUCCCCCAGGUCAUCAAACUGGCCUGCACUGACACUCGCAGGGCUGAGCUGCAGAUGGUGUUUAACAGUGGAAUGAUCCUCAUCAGCCUUUUUGUGAUCUUGAUUAUUUCUUACAUUGUCAUCUUGCUGAAGAUAAGGACGUGCAUCACGGAAGGGAAGAGAAAAGCUCUGUCCACCUGUGGAACACAGAUAACUGUUGUGAGCUUAAUAUUCAUCCCCUGCAUCCUCACCUAUGCCCAGCCUUAUAAGAAAUCCCCUGGGGACAAGGUGGUCUCUGUUGUUUUCACUGUGGUCACCCCAAUGCUAAACCCAAUGAUCUACACACUCAGAAACACUGAGAUGAAAAAGGCCACCAGGAGAACGCUGGGGAAAAUAUUUCUGUCAGCAGGAAAGCAGAAACUGGAGCGGACAGCAGAUCCAAAGUCAUCAAAUCUGGUGUUCCCAUGACAAAACUGUGUUCAUCACUGAUAUUCCUGUAUAAAAGAAUAUAGGGUGCCCCUGACUCUGGGGAUGAUUGGUAUUUGACUCUAUUGAUUCAGAGUGCUGAACAAUUGCUUUA